CAUCAAUGUACAAAGGUCACAGUUGUGAAUAGGGAAUACUCACUCCUUUCAGUAAGUCACACCGAUACAAAUUCUGAGAGGGAGCCUAAGGAAUAACCAUGGUGGUCAUCUCAGAGGUCCAAAAAAUUGGGAUUGGUCUGAUCGGGUUUGGUUUAUUUUUCCUGGUCUUUGGUGUUCUGCUGUACUUCGACUCGGUCUUGCUGGCAUUUGGGAACAUCCUGUUUCUGACUGGCUUGACAUUCAUCAUUGGCUUUAGAAGGAUGGCCCACUUCUUCUGCCAAAGACACAAGUUUCGAAGCUCUUUUUUCUUCCUAGGAGGUGUGUCUCUGGUGCUGUGCCGUUGGCCAAUCAUUGGAAUGCUGGUGGAGAGUUAUGGCUUUGUGCUAUUAUUCAGGUCCUUUUUCCCGAUGGCGUUAGGAUUUGUGCUGUCAGCUGUAAAUAUUCCUUACCUCAGUGCAUUUUUUUCCAGCAGCUCCUCCAUGGUGUGAGCAGAAUAAUAUGUUACAGCAAUGAAAGAGUGUGUGUGGGGUAACAAUUAUUUUGUUGUUAACUAGUAAGAAUAUCAUUUUUUUCAAUGUACUGUAUUUUGCACCCUUUAGGGUUGCAAUAAGCUGCCUGAAAGCUACUGUAAAUUAAAACCCUAUCAAAUUGUA